GAAAUAUCAGAUUACAAGAUAAAAGCAUCAUACAGACUUUAGGGCUUGGCAUUUAUCCAAGAAGGUAUUCGAAAGAAAUCAAGCAUCUCUAAACCGCAGCGAAAUUUUAUCCAACAUGAAGGCGGGAUUGUUUUGUUCGGUUUUCUUAGCAGUUUUACUUCAGAUGACACAGUCUGCUAGCGUCGCCACAUCGGCAGAUCGCACAGAAGUGAAUUCCAUCUCGGAUUGUCAGUCUUGUGAGUACAUCAUGAGAUUCAUUCGUUUUCAAACUCUAAAUCAAGCGCAAACUGUGGACGCAAUAACAGAGAAACUAAGAGGCCUUUUCAAGAUCAUCCCAUCUUUUCUACAGAAUGACGAAUACUUAACAAAUCUUGAGACGUAUGUGAAGAUGAUUAAGAACGGAGAUGAUCCGAAGAAUAUUUGCAAAUCUUUGUUAAAGUGUUCAAUCGAGAAUCUUAACCUCCCUCGUAUCACCGAAUGUGAGGUGUGCACGGCAGUAGUAGAUCUUAUCAAGUUUGAGUUAACAGUCAGUAAUGCUACACUUCAACUGAUUAUCAUAGCUGUUGAAGACCUGUGUGCCAUACUGGGUGAUGUUCCUGUUUACCAAGAGUGUAAAUUGAUUUUGAAGGAAAUCAAGCAGAUCAUUGAAUGGAUCGAACAGAAACUCACGCCAGAAGAUAUUUGCGAGCGGCUUGGAUUUUGUAACAAGACGAUAACCAGCCACGUUGAAACCCUCACCGAAAGCUAUGGAGUUAGCUCGAGGUCAUCCACCCUCGGGCUCUGCGAUAUGUGCAUGAUGGUAAUGAAUACUGUGGAUAAGUUCUUGGGAAAUUUCAUCAACACACUGGAUGAAAUUGAAGAUGAAUUGAAUGCAUAUUGUAGCGUCUUUGGAGUACUCGCUGAUCAGUGCAAAUCUGCGGUUGACAUGGUCAUUGACAAAUUGAAAAGAAAUGUAGAACACAUUGAAGGAAAGCUGGAUCCUUCCGCGACGUGCAAGAAAUUACAUCUCUGCCCCUCUUGAUGACUGAUGAGUUA